GCGUGCAUUGCUUUCCGGCCAGGGCUGCCCUCGGCCUGCUUCGCUCUCUGAGUCUUGCGCGUCCUUCUAGCCUUAACGCGGAGCAGGGCCAGCACAAAGCGUGCGGACCUGCGUGGUAGAGACAGUUUCUGGUCCCAGUUCCGUCUUCCGUAGGGGGCGGCACCUGGCCUUUGAGGCCCACCUACGUUUGAGACUCCGCUGGGCGUGGCUGGAGGAGGUGUUGGGGGAGAUUUUUGGGCGUGAUGUAGAGUAGUGGGUUCGCUGGAGGGCGGAGUAUUCUGGAGCAGGAAUAUCGAAUGUCCAGCUGGUGCCGGAGGCCAGACGGGACCUCCAGGUUGGGCUGCCCCAGCACACCAAUCAGAGGACCACCCGGGCACACCACCAGCCCAAAAAAGGCCCUAAGGGAUAGCUGCAGUGAAGCUGCUGCUGGAAUGAGGCCCAUGACUAAUGGAUCUCAAUCACUGAGAGAUCUGGAGGCAGCAGGAUCCGCUUCCACAUUCCUCACGAAUAAUCUCGAGACUUUAGGAGCCUAGGAUUCGAUAUUUUUUAGGUUUAAAUUUGCUUGUUACUGAUCAUAACUUUAUUUCACCGGGUGAGCAGUAAACGCUAUGUCAGGUUGGGAGUCUUAUUACAAAAACGAAGGCGAUGAAGAAGAAGAAGAAGAAGAGGGCCUUGAAGCAGGUGGAGAAUAUACAUAUUCAGGAAGAGAUAGUUUGAUUUUUUUGGUUGAUGGUUCUAAGGCCAUGUUUGAAUCUCAGAGUGAAGUUGAACUGACUCCUUUUGACAUGAGCAUCCAGUGUAUCCAGAGUGUGUAUACCAAUAAGAUCAUAAGCAGUAAUCAAGAUCUCUUGGCGGUGGUGUUCUAUGGUACUGAGAAAGAUAAAAAUUCAGUGAAUUUCAAAAAUAUUUACGUCUUACAGGAGUUGGAUAAUCCAGGUGCUAAGCGAGUGCUUGAGCUUGACCAGUUUAAGGGGGAGCAGGGGAAAAAACAUUUCCAAGAUCUCAUUGGCCAUGGAUCUGACUACUCACUAAGUGAAGUGCUGUGGGUCUGUGCCAACCUCUUUAGCGAUGUCCAGGUCAAGAUGAGCCAUAAGAGGAUCAUGCUGUUCACCAAUGAAGAUGACCCCCAUGGCAAUGACAGUGCCAGAGCCAGCCGGGCCAGGACCAAAGCUGGGGAUCUCCGUGACACAGGUAUCUUCCUGGACUUGAUGCACCUGAAGAAACCUGGGGGUUUUGACAUAUCCUUGUUCUACCGAGAUAUCAUCAGCGUAGCAGACGAUGAGGACCUAGGGGUUCACUUUGAAGAGUCGAGCAAGCUGGAAGACCUGUUGAGGAAGGUUCGAGCCAAGGAGACCAAGAAGCGCAUGCUCUCCAGCCUGAAGCUUAAACUCAGCAAAGAUAUAGCGCUCACUGUCGGCAUUUAUAAUCUGGUCCAGAAGGCUUACAGACCUCCUCCAGUGAGACUUUAUCGGGAAACCAAUGAACCAGUGAAAACCAAGACCCGGACAUUUAAUGUAAACACAGGCAGUUUGCUUCUGCCUAGUGACACCAAGAGGUCUCAGAUCUAUGGGAAUCGUCAGAUUGUGCUAGAGAAAGAGGAAACAGAAGAGCUGAAACGGUUUGAUGAACCAGGUUUGAUUCUCAUCGGUUUCAAGCCCUUGAUAAUGCUGAAGAAGCACCAUUACCUGAGGCCCUCCCUCUUUGUGUACCCCGAGGAGUCCCUGGUAAAUGGGAGCUCAACUCUGUUCAGUGCUCUACUCACCAAGUGUCUGGAGAAGGAGGUCAUGGCGGUGUGCAGAUACACCCCCCGUCGGAACACCCCUCCUUAUUUUGUGGUCUUGUUGCCACAGGAAGAGGAGCUGGAUGACCAGAAAAUUCAGGUGACUCCCCCAGGCUUCCAGCUUGUCUUCUUACCCUAUGCCGACGAUAAACGGAAGGUGCCCUUUACUGAAAAAGUCAUGGCAAAUCCAGAGCAGAUAGACAAGAUGAAGGCCAUUGUUCAGAAGCUCCGUUUCAAUUACAGAAGUGACGCCUUUGAGAACCCAGUGCUGCAGCAGCACUUCAGAAACCUGGAGGCCUUGGCUUUGGAUUUGAUGGAGCCUGAACAGGCAGUGGAUUUGACACUGCCUAAAACUAAAGCAAUAGAUAAGAGACUCGGCCCCCUGGUGGAUGAGUUUAAGGAGCUUGUCUACCCACCUGAUUAUAAUCCUGAAGAAAACGUUUCCAAGAGGAAACAAGAUGAUGAAGGUUCUGGAAGCAAAAGACCCAAAGUGGAGUUAUCUGAAGAGGAGCUGAAGGCCCAUGUCAGCAAGGGCACGCUGGGUAAGCUCACUGUGCCCAUGCUGAAGGAAGUCUGCAGGGUGUAUGGGCUGAAGGGCGGGUUGAAGAAGCAGGAGCUGAUGAACAUGCUCACUGAGCACUUCCAGAAGAACUGACCAGAGACUGAACAGCUAGCCACCCUUCUGUACUAUUGCCAGGCUGCCUGGGUUGUUCUCAUCAAGUUAAAACCUGUUUCUUCUGGGCCAGGAAGAGUCUGUCUGAUAGAAGCCAGGAACUUUACAUUUAUGAGACUUUCUGUUGCCAUGGAGACAGCAUAGCCCUCCCACUUUGCUGGGCUUUACUGUCUGAAUAAAGAGCUCUAACUUUGUACUAUA